UUUACUAACGCGUGUUGUUUAAUUGUGUUUGGGAAAGUAAAUCAUUACACAUUUAUCUGGAACAAACAAAAACAGAUAACAUAAGUAUUACGUAACAUGGACACACAAAUGUAUUGUUGUAACUAUAGUAGAUUUUUUUUAAAGAGUACCUAAAAAUCGAAGAAUUGAAAGGUAAUGUUACACGACUUGAAGGAUUAAACUGUAAUGAUAUUAACAAUAGGACAAAUAAAAGAACCGAUAAGAACUGACAAAGAGGGCAGAGUAAACGGAUAUCAAUAACCUGGAUCGUUCGGAUCAUCUCAGGUUGUAUGCAUUGGUUAAUUUAUAGCAUACGUUUUUAUUUAACUCAAGACACUACACAUUUCAAGUUGUGGGAAAAAGAUCAAAAUAUUUAUGACAUUAGUGUUGUAUUUUUCUUAACACAAUAACAUACAUCCGAUUUGUUUAGUCACCUAGAUACCACUUGUGUCAGUUGUGUAAAAAGUUUUAUAUCGAGAGAGAAAAUGAACGUUAUAAAUAUUCAGGAAGUACACGAACCGCUUCAAUACAUUUAGAUUGAUUAUUAAGGAAUAUAUUUUCGCAGAGGAAAUUACUUUUGUUCGUCCUGUAUUGACUAAUUUUAGUUUGGUCAGUAGCUAUUGUUAAACAGGAUCACUCACAUUUUAUUUUAAAAUAUAACUGGUUUUCUUUAACAAUUUCAGAAACAACUUAUAUAUAAGUGCAGAUGUGAUAAUCAACGUUGAAAUUUACAUUAUACAAUCUGGAGCGACUUUUUACGCAAGUGUAAAUUUAAUUAUAGCGGGGUUAUUCCACGUGGUAGAGACAGAAAGUUGUUAAACGAAUAUCAUUGUGCUGUGAAGGUGCAUACGAUAAAUUAGAAAGUAAUUCUACAGACAUUUAAAAUUUUAUUAUUCAUGGAAACUAUGAAACGAACUGCAUAACAGAACGAAGUGUUCUAUUAUCAGUCAUGCUUAUUAAAUGUUGAAUUUGGAGAGAAAAAUAAAUAACAAAUGCACGGCAAUUUAUCUGACAGUGUUUUGUCAGUUACUUUAGAAGAUUUAAAUGAUGCAGAAACGAUACAGCGUCUUGCGCCAAUAAUAUAUCUAUCGUUUUUGACACUGGUUGGAACUCCAGGAAAUUUGCUUGUUAUUGCAGUUUACACUUGGACAAUUAAAAGGAGGACUACACACCGACUUUUCAUAACAGCUUUAGCAGUGACAGAUUUCUUGGUAUGUACAGUGGCAGUCCCAUUUGAAAUAAUCCAAAUGACUCACCAAUUGACAUUUUAUUCUGAAUGGGCUUGUAAAAUAUUCCGUUCUAUCAAUGUUUUACUUGCUCUUUUGUCUUCUUUCAUUUUAAUAGCGUUGUCAGCAGAUCGUACUAGACGUGUAAUCCAGCCGCUAAAGUUACAGAUGACAAUACGCCAAGCUAUUUGGUGCAUUUUUCUUGUUACUUUACUUGCAUUUGUUUUCGCAUUUCCUGAAGCAGUUAUAAGUGGGAUAAGUUUAGAGAAAUUAGAAAAUAAUUUGACAGGAUACGACUGUAGUUUCUCGGAUAGGUACAAGGACCAAGCGUAUACAACUGUAUACAGUUCUACACUUUUAGCAAUUUAUAUUGGGUGUAUAUUCGCUCUAAUUGUUAUGUAUUCAAUUAUCGGACGGCAAGUUUUGAGUCACGUGCACUUUAGAAGUACAUUUAUCAGACAAAAUGGAACCGACAAUCAUUCAACAGCAUCUACAAACAAACUAGACAGAAAUGAAAUUAAGCUUAGUCUAGAAGAGACUUGUGAUAGUAUAGAUAUGGACGAAGAUGAGUUUCGAAGUAAACAACUUUCGGAACUAAAAUCAAGUAGAGAAAACACCAUAAAAAGACAUGCCAAAUCUCCUGAUAAGCGUCAUGGUGCAAUGAGACAAGAAAAUUCUUCUAAAAAAGUGACAAAAAUAGCAUUUGCAAUUAGUUUUUGUUUUAUUUUAAGUUAUGUACCAUACGUUGCCGUUAAACUAAACGCUUCAAUAGCAAGUGGCCAUUUUACCUCGAACGCUACAACUAAAGCAAUAUUUCCAAUUCUUGGGAGAACGUUUAUCAUAAACAACAUAGUUAAUCCUAUUAUUUACGGAUUCCUGGACCAGAAAUUUCGUCAAAAGUGUAAAAUUAUAUUCAGGCAUUUGACGUGCAGGAUGUAAUGAAAGGAAAAAAUAACACUUAAAAGUGUAGUAUCACUCAUUCAUGAAAUCACUGUCUUAUUAUAGACGUUGUAAGUUUACAGGUGUAGGCGAAAUCAUUAAAUGUGGUUGUACAUUGUACUUAACAUUUAUAAGAAGUAUUUGUUUCCGUUUAGUAUUACAAAAUCUAACACAAUCAAAAUCAAGUUAUUAAAUAAAUAAUUCUUAAGUUUUA